AUGUCGACACGACAGGCUGCACUGUCGCUGUACCGCCGCUCACUGAAGCUGUCCCUCGACUGGGCCGUCCACCGGCACCUAUGGCGCGGCCAGGCCCUCUACAUCCGAUCCCUCUUUGAGGCCAACCGAAGCGUCACAGAUCCCCGAAAGCAGAGGGCAUUACUGGCCGAGACGGAAAAGCUGCUCGAGACGUGGAAGCACCCCGACCCGUAUUGCCACCCGACAGCUCCAGGAGGUUCCAAGUACGAGAGAAACCUGCCCGCGCAUACAACGGCUCAUAUCGAUGACCAGAGGGGAAAAGAAAACACUGAAGACCAAGUUGUCAACCACAUAUCCGAUCAUUGUCCGUAUCCCAUCUUCUCCCUUGUCCGUGUUCAACGCAUGAUAGAUAGCGCUGCCGCUACCAUUCUAUCCGCCCGCGGUACUCUGCCGAUAGCGAGGGGCUUGGGAAAGACUGGUGCGCCCUUCGACCGCGGCCCAAAACGGGAUUGGUAUUGGCACGCCACUGAGUUGCACUCGGGAGUCGGGACGCGUUAUUAUCGCAGAUGGGUAUCUGUCGUCCAUAUCCGCGGUCCAUCUGGGAUAGCUACGAGUGACCACUGGCCUUUCCUCUCCCUCAACCAUCUACAUGACGAUACAGAUAUACCAACUCGGGACGAAUUUCGUUGCGGCAAUGCUUGGUUCGAGAAACGUGCGCAAGGCCGAUCGUCGAACACUGAGCCAUAG